AUGGCAUCUGAACAUGUCGCCUCUGAGGGUGUGACCGAGAAGAUGCCCGAAGCCUCGACCGACUACAAGCAGGCUGCGCAGGACAUCAAGCCUUCCGAUGCAGAGGACCACAACGCACAGUCGCCGCCCGGCGAGCUGAAGCGCAAGCUGAAGAGCCGGCACCUUCAAAUGAUCGCCAUCGGCGGCACGAUUGGAACCGGACUCUUCAUUUCCAGUGGAACCGCUAUCGCGUACUCGGGUCCCGCGGGGGCUCUGAUUGCCUACAUCUUCGUUGGCACCAUCGUUUUCUCCGUCAUGACUUCGCUCGGCGAGGUGGCUACCUAUAUCCCCAUUCCCGGCGCCUUCACCUCCUAUGCGGCUCGUCUGAUCGACCCGAGUCUCGGAUUUUCUAUGGGAUGGAUCUACUGGUUUAACUGGGCAUCGACAUUCGCAGUCGAGCUUACCGCGACAGGCACCAUCAUUCAAUACUGGGACCCGAGCCUGAAUAUCGCUAUCUUUAUCGGGGUUUUCUGGGUCCUCAUCACCGCCGUUAAUUUUCUACCGGUGAACUUCUACGGCGAGCUGGAAUUCUGGUUUUCGACAAUCAAGGUCGCCACCGUUAUUGGCUUCAUGAUUUUCGCCAUUUGCAUUGACGUCGGGGUAGGUAAACAGGGAUACUUGGGCUUCCGCACCUGGGAGGAUCCGGGAGCUUUUGCUACACAUCUGAUCGACACCCCGAAGUCGGUCGGCAGGUUCGUGGGCUUCUGGGCCGUCCUGAUUCAAGCCGGCUUCUCCUACCAGGGCACGGAGUUGGUCGGUGUGGCUGCGGGUGAAACAGAGAAUCCACAGAAGACGGUCCCCUCGGCCAUUCGCAAAACCUUUGUCCGAAUCCUGCUGUUCUUCGUGUUGACCAUCUUCUUUAUUGGUCUUCUGGUCCCUUACACUAACUCGCGACUCUCCACCACAAACAACAACGCGUCGUCGAGUCCGAUGGUGAUCGCGGCAGACCUGGCCGGAGUGAAAGUCCUCCCAAGUCUGAUCAACGCAGUGCUCCUGACGGUGGUUCUCUCCGCCGCCAACUCCAACGUUUACAGUGGUAGCCGUGUCUUGAUGGGUCUCUCAUUGGAAGGCUUUGCUCCGAAAAUCUUCAGCCGGGUCACCUCGCACGGUGUGCCCUACGCCAGUGUGGCCCUAACCGCGGCAUUCGGACUCCUAGGCUUCAUGAACGUAUCAGAGAAUGCGGGACAAGUCUUCAACUGGCUGGUUAAUCUCUCCAGCGUGGCAGGCUUUGUCACCUGGUCUUCCAUCAACGCCUGCCAUAUCGCAUUCAUGCGGGCUCUGGCAACACGUGGUAUCUCCCGUGAUACACUCCCCUACAAGGCCAUGCUCCAACCGUACUUGGCCUGGUAUGGGCUUUUCUUCAAUAUUCUCAUUGCGUUGACGCAGGGAUUCACCUCGUUCAUCCCCACGUUCAACGUGUCUGACUUCUUCGUUGCAUACAUUUGCCCGAUUGUCUUCGCCGUCCUCUACAUUGCUCAUAAGGCUAUCACCCGAUCACCCUUCGUACGCGCAUCGGAGGCUGAUCUCGACACUGGUAGACUUGACUUCCAAAAGGAAGUCGGCCCGCCUAAGCCAUGGUAUUGGCGAGUCUGGGGCUGGGUGACAAAGUAG